AUGGAUGACGACCCAGGAAAUGCCGAGGCUACAGAGAGGGCAAGGCUGCGUCGCAAUCAGCGAAACUCGCGCGCUCGAAAGCAGGCAUACAUUCGAGACCUCGAGGACCGGUGGAAUGAAUGCGUCAAACUAGGUGCUCAAGCGACCGCGGAGAUGCAGGCAGUGGCCCGAAAAGUCCAUGAGGAGAAUGUACUUCUUCGCAGAAUACUAGCCCACCGAGGCUUUGGCGAGGAUACCAUCGAACGCGCUCUAGAAAAUGAGAGAAUGGCGUUGGGCGAAGAUGACCCGAGGGUGGCAUCACAGCGACCAGCGACCCUGACCACAGUAAAGACCAGACAGGAGGACUCGGUGCCAAUAAAUCCCUGUCUGCCAGCAGCGCAGCUGCCUGCGGAAACCACCAUCGGCCACGGCCUGGACGACACCUCGUUGGGCGUAAAUCAUGACUUGUCCCAGUCUGCGGAAAUGUAUAGCUGGCUGCGCGACUUGUGCGAUAUCAAGGACGCAUUUAGUCUGGAGACGAGUUAUGAAUUUGCAGAUCGAUCUUGGCAAGAAACAGCUACGCAGACUGAUCCUCCCAUAUUGGGCAACGAGAGAUGCUUUGACGAGGAUCAUUGUGACUUGCUUGAUCUGGCCGGCACGAAGAAUACCGCCUGGCCUACAUGA